GGUCCCUCUACUAUAGGAAAAAGCUCCUUUUUAGUCCCUGUACCGAAAAAAUCCCCUUUUUGAUCCUUACUGUUCACAAAUCCAGCCCCUUUUUGGUCCCUCCGUUAAAUUUUGGCUUAUGUGGCAUGUUAAUUAACGGAAAAAAAUUUUUUUUUCUUUACUUAAAUUACGUGUGAAAUCCAUUCAGCAAAACUUGAUGACAUGGCCAAUUUUUUAUCUUUAAUUACCAAUUUACCCUCAUUUUCUUCCCCCAUCCUCUCCUUCCUUCAGCCUUUUUUUUCUUUCUUUUUUUUCUUUUUUUUCUUACCUUUAGGCGAACCCAGGAGUCUGGGUUCGUCGCGAUGAACCCAGCUCGUGGGUUCGUUGCGAACCCAAGAGCCUGGGUUCGUCACGAUGAACCCAGCUCGUGGGUUCCUCGCGAUGAACCCUGCUCGUGGGUUCCUCGCGAUGAACCCUGCUCGUGGGUUCCUCGCGAUGAACCCUGCUCGUGGGUUCGCAACGAACCCAGGAGCGUGGAUUCGCGACGAACCCAGGAGCGUGGAUUCGCGACGAACCCAGGAGCGUGGAUUCGCGACGAACCCAGGAGCCUGGUUCAUACCAAAAAUCCCGAAGGAUUCACACCCGGCAGAACAGCGGACAGACAAAGGGGAAGAAACAAAGCAGAUCUGAAAUUUCUGGGUUUAAAGAGAGUUCUAAGCCCCAAAUCUUGUUAUUUAACAAGAAAAGAAGAAUAAAUUUCAAGCUUUGUCACCAAUUUUCUCAAAGGGGAUGAGUCGGUGGCUUAGGGGAGCUUCGGUCGACAGAGGAGAAGAAAAUGAAGAUGAAGAAGAGCA